GCUUUCUUGGUCGUUGCGCUAAAUGACUCGUUCGUUAGUCAUUAGAUAACCCGUACCGACCUAAAAUACGGGGUCUUCCCCGUCGAAUCUGUAUAAUAAACUUUCAACCAUUCGAAUCCGUUUCGUUAUAGAAAGAGAGAAUCGAGAUGUCGGAGAAGGACGCAGAGUCUCCGUUGCUCCACGAAUUGGGACGGCCUCGCCCUACUAUGGGCCGAGCGUCUCCAAGUUGCCCGGUUGCUACAUUUAUGAUGUUUAUAUUGAUGAUACCGGUUAUUAUAAUAUUCACAGUUAUACUGCCGGCUUUGCCGGUCCAGAAGAUCGAGUUAUGGCCGGGUUUUCAUGGUGGGCAGGAUGGAAAGACGCAAUUGUAUCGUGAUGAUGAAUAUCUGAUAGGGGUGGGCAAGGGUGAUAUAACCGGUCCUUGCGUUGAGAUCAAUUUGAUGGGAUAUGCGGAUCCACAUCAGAUCGGAACCGGUUUGCGACAACGACUCUAUUCACGAGCAUUCAUCGUAGGCGACCCCGCGAACCCCGCCGAUAUAUUUGUAUACCUUGUUCUCGAUACACAGUCUGGUGAUACGGCGGUAAGAUAUGGUAUUUUAAAAGGUUUAGAAGAACUCGGGCCUGAGUAUGAGGUUUACGGUCACCACAAUUUGGCUGUUACGGGUACCCAUUCUCACUCCGGUCCUGGAGCAUGGUUGAACUAUCUACUACCUCAGAUCACCAGUAAGGGGUUUGAUCAUCAGAGCUAUCGAGCGAUAGUCGAUGGUGCGCUCCUAUCCAUCCGCCGCGCACACGAAAGUCUUUCACCGGGGCAUCUUAGUGUUGGGUCUACUAAGGUGUUCGGGGCCAAUAUCAAUCGAAGUCUUUUCGCAUACCUCGCGAACCCCGAGGAAGAGCGCGCAAGAUACAACGCAAGUGCCGAAGAUAAUGGGUCGGUAGAAAAGGAUUUGACCCUACUUAAAUUUCAACGGGCUUCAGAUGGCAAAAAUAUUGGUGUCCUAACUUGGUUUCCUACGCAUGGUACCUCUGUACUUGGGAACAAUACUCUGAUUUCUGGUGAUAAUAAAGGAGUAGCUGCAUAUCUGUUCGAGAAAAGCGUUAUUGACAACGAAACUGCUGCUGAGGGGUUUGUCGCUGGCUUCUCUCAGGCAAACGUCGGCGAUACUAGUCCGAACGUUCUAGGCGCAUGGUGUGAAGAUGGUUCGGGGCAAAUGUGCAGUUUUGAGAACAGCACAUGCAGCGAUGGUAGAUCACAGAUGUGCCAUGCUCGAGGUCCCUUCUUUACAGCGGAUGAUGAAGGGACUUCGUCAUGCUUUGAGAUUGGGAAGCGACAAUUUGAGCCUGCGCGGAAGCUAUACGAUCAACUAAACGAAAACUCAACACCAAUACACGGGCGCUGGGUUAAAUCUUUCCACACAUUCCACAAUAUGUCGAACCACCAAUUUCAGCUACCCAAUGGAACUGAGGUAAGAACAUGCCCUGCUGCAUUAGGGUACUCAUUUGCGGCUGGCACCUCGGACGGGCCUGGUGCUUUCGACUUCACACAGCAUAACAGCAACUCGACAAAUACCUCACCAGUAUGGCGUGUAGUCGGAAAUAUGCUUAAAGCGCCAGCAGAAGAACAAAUAGCAUGCCAUUCCCCGAAACCCAUCCUCCUCGAUGUGGGUGAGGUUUCAAGUCCGUAUCAAUGGACACCCAAUGUAGUCGACGUGCAAGUCUUCCGCGUCGGUCAGUUAGUAAUAAUUGUCAGCCCAGGCGAGGCAACCACCAUGGCGGGUCGACGUUGGAAGAAUGCCGUUAGCAACGAGAUAACGGCAUUAUUCGCUGAUGAUUCUCGGUCGGCAGCCCCAGUUGUCGUACUUGGCGGACCUGCGAACAGCUAUACUCAUUACAUUACGACCGAAGAAGAGUACGGGAUUCAACGAUAUGAAGGUGCCAGCACACUGUAUGGGCCGCACACCUUGGCAGCAUACAUCAACGUCACCUUAUCAUGGAUACCUUACCUAGAUUCAUCGGCUAGCAAUCGACCACCCAGAGGACCGGAGCCACCAGACAAUAGUAAUCGAAGCCUCAGCUUCAUCCCUCAAGUUAUCCACGAUUUACCACCAAUCUUCAAAAAAUUUGGUCAGGUAAAGCAAGACGUAGAGGAUAAAUAUCAAAUAGGUGCAAAGGUAGCCGCAAAAUUCGUCGGUGCCAAUCCAAGGAAUAAUCUUAGACAAGAACGAAGCUACGCCGUUAUCGAAAAGCUCAUUAUCACGCUACCCGUACAUUCGGGUACUUCUGGAUCCGAAGCGUCGGGUGACGCCUACACGGAUCUAAUACGCAAGGGACGGACCCCACCCCGGAAUCAAGCUGGAGAUGAGGGGAAUACAUGGAAAGUAGUCCGCGACGACAGCGAUUGGUCUCUAGUCUUCCGCUGGCGUCGUACUAGCGAGCUACUGGCUACCAGCGAAGUCGAUAUUACCUGGGAGACGGCAGCGGACCCUUGGGCUGAGCCGGGCCGGUACCGGAUCCGGUAUUUUGGUGAUGCCAAGAGCUUGGCGGGGGAGAUCACCGGGUUCGAGGGGAUUAGUGGUGAGUUUGAGUUGGUGGCUUGAUGUGAUGGAUCAGAUCGAUCAUCGAUCACUUGCGUUGGUUCCUGUGCGCGAUCUAUUGAUAGAGGGACCAAUCGAUAGUCCCACCCGGAGUAUUGGGCAGAUGGGCGUAAGAUUAUGGUGUGAGAUGAUACAACAAACUACACUGCAUAAAUUGUACUUGUCAAACUGUGUACGAUGGAUGAGGUAUUGGCGCAUUAGGUUUGGUUAAUACGAGGAAUAGAAAGUCGAUCAAUAAAUAUCGGAUAUAAAAGGAAAAUCAAAUAGAGGUGCGGGAUAGAACGGCACUCUCUCCACUGAACCCAUUUGGAGUGUUGAUAUUGAGGUUUAGGGGGUUUAGGCCUUGAUAGUUGAGGGAUAAAUUGGAUAUUAAGACAAUCAUCUAUGUACUCUCGC